ACACACAUUUGGCUUUCCCACCAGUGACGGUGCAAGUCAAUAUUAUGUAGGCUACUUUAAUGCUGUUGUCGCAAUCUUUCUUUGCGGAAGCUUGACGUCAAUCUAUAUAUAAAUAUAUAAAAAAUAACCGACAACCGGCACUCGUGACUUUUAUGCAUUCCACGUGUGUCGUUCAACUGGGAUACACACACAACUUUGAUCUCGUCUGGAGAAAAUGGAAACAUACAGAACACACUUUGUCAUGUGGACUGUCCUGGGAUUAGCAGCAGUCUUCAUCUCUUCCUCGGCCCUCUCAGGUGUGAAAGGAAUUGUGAAACAGAAGGUCCUCCUGCAUUGCCCCUGCGUAAAUAGAAAUGUGAGAAAGACAAUUAUCUGGCAGCUAGAAGAGCAUACCAUCGUGCUCCGUCAUGAUGGAAGUAAUAACCACACAACCAUAGGGAUGAGAUAUGAAAACAGGGUCAGUCUCUUUCUAAAUGAAGAGAAGGACAACUGUUCGCUGCUCCUCUCAGGCAUCACUGUGGCAGACAACGGGACAUACAAAUGCUCCUUUACAGCCAACGCUUUUGUCUACGAAAAAGUAAUUCUACAUGUGGCUGCGAGCUACAGUGUCUGUAUGGACCUCGUCUCAGACCAGGCUUCGGUGAGUUCCGGAGGGGGAGAGGGGUCGAGGGUGUACCAGUGUAAAGCCUCUGGGGGCUAUCCAGAGGGCCAGAUUCACUGGGAGCUGGAAGGACAUCCUCUGGUGAACCCCUCCAGGAGGGAUGUGACCCACCUGGACAACUUUACAGGACUCUACAGCCUGACCAGCAACCUGACCAUCGAGCUGAGUAAGGGUGAAACACUGCAAUGUGUGGUGGAGAACACAGCCUUGGCCUCCAACCUCACCUCCAACUCCAGCUGCAAUCAAAAGUCUAAGGACCUAAGCCCUAGGACCAUGCCUCAGGACUACCUGGCAUGAUGACUCCUUGCUGUCCCCAGUCCACCUGACCGUGCUGCUGCUCCUGCGGCUAUGGAACCCUGAUCUGUUCACCGGACGUGCUACCUGUCCCAGACAUUCUGUUUUUCCUAGCCACCGUUCUUCUACACCUGCAUUGCUUGCUGUUUGGGGUUUUAGGCUGGGUUUCUGUACAGCACAUUGUGGCAUCAGCUGAUGUAAGAAGGGCUAUAUAAAUACAUUUUAUUUGAUUUUGAUUUGACACUGCAUUCUCGGAGUGCACGUCCUGGUAAUCAGUCUGGCCCUGUGGCCUUGUGUAUGUUGACCUGUUUAAAAUGGUCUUACUCACAUCGGCUACAGUGAGCGCGAUCACACAGUCGUCCAGAACAGCUGGUGCUCUCAUGCAUGCUUUGGUGUUGCUUUCCUCGAAAUGUGCAUAGAAGUAAUUUAGCUCAUCUGGUAAGCUUGUGUUGCUGGGCAGCUCGCGGCUGAGCUUCCCUUUGUUGACUGUAGUAGUUUGCAAGCCCUGCCACAUCCGACGAGCGUCGGAGUCGGUGUAGAACGAUUCAAUCUUAGUCCUGUAUUUACUCUUUGGCUGUUGCCAGGAUGGGAAACAUUGAUGGGGGUGGGGGCCACAAAAAAACGGAACUCAUCAUGAGGGGCCGAAGUGGCUCUGUGGUCUGGUCAUGGGACUUGCAACCGCUUAUUCGACAAUUCUUACAAUUCUUAAGUUUAGAUAACUGGCCGCUCGACAGCAAAAAUGUUUUAAUGAUAUGAGCUAAUUGAAAUACUUCUGAUGCACUAGCAAAUUUAGAAAUUGCACCUUGUGCAUUCUAUUAUUCUAACUUUCAACAGUAAGUUGAGAACCUGACUGAGUUCCUAAAUAUUUCUACACACACACACACACACACACACACACACACACACACACACACACACACACACACACACACACACACACACACAAGUAUUCACACAAGUAUUCAGACCCCUUGACUUUUUCCACAUUUUAUUACGUUACAGCCUUAUUCUAAAAUUGAUUAAAUAAAAUGUUGCAAAUGUAUUACAAAUAAAAAAUGGAAAUAU